UUUCCUUGACGGCUUUCAACCCCAUCGCCCAUCUCGGCCCGCCACCCGAGCAGCAACCGAUUCCAAAUCCGUCGUCCUCUUUGUGUUUCCAUCGCCAGUCAGCCCGACGCGCGCCGGGCUCGGGGUUCCCAGCCGCCUCUAGUCGUGCCCCCAGCUCGGCAACCCCCCACUCGAUCUAGGGUUUGGGCACCCUCCGUUUGCUCAAAGCGCCGACCCCUCGCCCUGCGUCUCCAUCCCACCAAGCGGAGUCGAGGGCCCGCGGCAUCUCUUCGGGCGCCAUGGCGGCGUUGGUGCAGGAGGCGGAUGACGUCGACCACUACGAGGUGCUCUGCCUCCCGUCGGGGGAGGAAGGCGCGGCGCUGACCGUCGAGCAGAUCGAGAAGGCGUACCGGACUCAGUCGCGGCUGCGCCACCCCGACAAGCGCCCCGACGAUCCCAACGCCACCGCCGACUUCCAGCGCCUCUCCAGCUCCUACAAGCUCCUCCGCGACGAAUCCCUCCGCCGCCAGUUCGACGCGCGCCUCCGCGGCCGCCGCGAGGCAGCCGCCCGCGCCGCUGCCGCGGGCGUCAAGCGCCGGAAGGCCGUCUCCGACCUCGAGGAGCGUGAGCGCGCAGCCGCCGCGGGCAUUCCCGCUGACCCCGAGGAGCUCGCCAAGCGCGAGGCCAAGCGGAUGGCCGCCGACAUUGAGCGCGAGCUCGCAGCGUUCCGCGCCGCCAAGCAGGCUUCUGCAUCAGGUGCCGCAUCGACUUCGGCGCAUGGAGAUAGGAAGGGUGGAACCCCACAGGACGCGGUGAAAACGGACAAGGCCAAGAUCUUGAAGGUUUCAUGGGAUGGGAGUGCUGAUUCCUAUAAUGCGGCAAAGUUGGAGGAGCUCUUCCAGAAAUUUGGCAAAGUUGAAGACGUUGUUAUCAAGACAAGGAAAUCAAGGAGUAAGGGCUCAGCAAUUGUAGUCAUGGGUUCAAAAGAAGCUGCAUUAUUGGCAAUACAGAACCAUUUCUCUCUGUUUCCAUUAAAUGUUGCUCCUGUUCAAGAAUCGGGUGGAUUACCAGCAAGGUCAGCACAAACAUAUGAAUCUACUGCAAGCAACAUUGAUGGAACUGGAUUUAGCGAUUUGGAAGCAUCGGUGUUCCGAAAACUUCAAGAGGCCCAGAAAAGGAAACAGUGUGGUUAAUUGCUUUGUUCUGAUCUGAUGCAUAGUGCUAUAUAUAUGACAUCUCACACAACAGACAAUACCUGAGGAUCGCCUGGGUAGCGAGUUACAGAAAUCUGAACCACACAUUUCUUGAGUUCGAGUCUUGUCGCAGAUAAAGUUCUCUCUGAGUCAUAGCAACGGCAGAUCAAUUUUUCUGUCACUGUACAAACCAAUGUAUGUAUGAAUAGUUUGUAUUAUCAAAUUCAGGCUUGUCCUGCGAAGACAUGGUGCAACACUUUUUCGCUGGAAAUUGGGAAGAUAUCACCCUUACGAUGCUCCUAGGAUAUUUUGUGAUGCUUCAGCUGAAUCUCGUAGAGUCAUGGUUGUCAGUUGUGAAUUUUUUUCUUUUUUUGAAAAGGUCAGUUGUAAUUUUGAUGUGCUCGACAGUCGACAUGAAUACUGCACGGCAGCAGCUGCUACUGUGGACGCGUAAUAAAUCGUUCGCCAUU